AUGGCAACACCAAUACCUUGGGGAUAUCUGGCCGGGGAGCUGAUCGCCAUCUGGCUCGCUUUCGGCGCCGCCUGCGUUCUCGGAUUGUUGACCUGCAUGCCCCCGGCUGUGUUGGGGUACAAUAUGUGCGGCGACGAUUGGUACUGGUUUGACUGGCUUUCUAGGUGGAUCCUCGUGACUCUGCUUGUUCUCAGUGUCUUGACGGCCUCCAUGCCCGACCCCGUUGCGGAGCACCUCGCCCUCAUCUGGUUCAGUCUGGGUAGCGCAUGCUGGGUUUGGUGGUUAUUCUGCCUGUUCCUAAACUUGUUGUGGCGUAACACAUGCGACGAGUAUGAGUUCUGGAUGGAGUGGUUUUACACGUGGCUCGAUGUGACUGUUUAUAUCAUCUUGUUCCUGGCGUUCUGGCACACCAUCAUGCACUAUAACCCCAACUUCGCGCUACCUGGCUUCAUGUGA